UUCACUGAUGGUGCUGUUACGGAACAUGACUCCUCUGUGAGAAAGCAUGAAUCAACAUCAGCCAAGUAAGCAGAAGGCUUCGAAAUGGGCUAUCGGUGUUCAAGUGUUCUAUUAUUCGUGUCCAGUUGGAAAGGGGUGGUGCGUUUCACAUCAGCACUAUUACGGUAGGGGUAUAGGGAUAUUACAGUACCUACGGAAGGCAAGUUGUGCGCUACGGUUCAGUUUCCCCUCUACAGCUGUCGCUGUCAUCAUGCAGGUGGAAUCUGCGUUUCGACGCGUGGCUUGUAGGGUUUAGGUCCAGCUCUCUGUUGUGUAUUUCAUGCAUAGGCCUACACUAGCCUAAUCUAGAAAGGACUAUUCCGUAUUGAGAAGCAAAACCACUCGUUUGGACUCGAGGGAAAUGUAGACUAUUCUUUCAUAGGCUUCUGCGACAGUUUUUUUUUUCUGAGGAAGAUUCACAUUAUAUGAAUGCACCUCCACGGAGAGCCAGUGGACUUCAUCGCGAUAACCCUUCAGUGCGAAUUUAACAUAAUACAGACCAGUGACUGUGUAUUUAUUUCAGCUGAUGAGCGCAUCAUCUCAAUAGACUGUAACAGUGCAUUAACUUCACAGCAUCGACGGUGUUUGCAAUGGUAUUAGCUAUUUUCUACAUCCAUGACCUCAACAGGACCAUAGUAUAAUAGUGUUUCUCAAUGUUCUGCCUGUUGAUAAAACUAAAAGGACCUAGUGCAUUAUUUAACCUAUUAUCUCUCUGGCGCACCGAUUGGAGAGGAGUUGCGUAGGAUGCCAGACAUUGCAAUUAGAGGUUGCUGUUAUUGCAGUUUGACAGACAAGGAUAUCCAAGAAUCACAGAGGACGUAGUGUGCUUUGGGCUUGACAAAGAACGGAAGAGUAUGGAUGAGGGCACAGCUGCCAACGAGUCUAUUCCAGAUUUAAAAGAUUUGGAGGUGAAAAUCGGAUGGAAGACACCUGAGGGUUUGCUCAAGUGCAUGCGGGAAGAGGCGUCCACCCACCGCGAUGUCAAGUUGAAUUCACUGGAGACCAAAGAUCGAGACAUCACGGGCAGGAAGAGUCUGGAUGAGAAGAUUCGAAAAUUAAAAGUUGAUAUGGCCCACCUGCGCUCGAUGGACGUGAAGAUCCUGCAGCAGCUGCUGGCGGUGCACGAGGGGAUCGAGGCAUGUAAGUGGCUCCUGGAGGAGCGCGGCACCCUGACCAGCCGUUGCAGCAGUCUGACCAGCAGCCAGUACAGCCUGGGAGAGGGCCCUGGAGGAGACACCUGGAGGGGCAGCUGGAGCAGCCUGCAGGACCCCCUGAACGACAAGCUGGAUAACAUCUCUAUAGGCAGUUAUCUGGACACCCUUGCUGAUGACAUGGACGAGUACGGCCCUUCUAGUUCUGAGUCUGUGCUGUGUUCUACUCCACUUGGGACUGUGACGCCCACUCGGACAGGGGCAGAGACAGGGGCUGGGGCAGUGCCUGGGGCAGGGGCUGGGGCAGGGGCAGGGGCUGGGAGAGGUGCUGGAGCUGGAGAAGGGUCAGUGGCUAUGGCAGGGGUUGGGGCUGGAGCUGGGGUAGGACAAGGCACAGGGGGCAAGGUAGUUGUUGAUCCUGGCUCUCCCCAAGUCAAGCCAGAUAUCCCCAAUAAGGAGUCUUCCAUUUGGACUAAGGCCACAGAUGCAGUGAAAAGAACCACCAUCACCAAGGAUACCAAGGACCCCAGCCAAACCCAGCAGCCCAGUAAGAGCAACGGCGCCCUGGAGAAAGCAGUCAGGCAAGCACGAGGACCUACUGAUUCAGCCCGGGUCUGCCUGGCUGAAAAGCUGGGGAAAAGCCAGAGCCCAAAACUCAAACCCUAUAAGAAUGGCAAGAUAGACGUAGAUGCCUGCAAGAUAAACAGCAAGAUGCACCUGGGGUAUGAUGCCCACUGGCGAUGGGUGCAGUCGCAGGACGAUGUGACAUUUCUAUGAGGUGGAUGUAUUACACCACUUCCCUCUAAAAAAUGCUGGGUUAAAAUCAACCCAAUUUGGGUUAUUUGGUAACGAAGUGUUGGGUAAAUGUUGGACAGGACACACGCUGGGUUAUUUUGACCCAGCCAAUUAGGUUGUGUGAAUAACCUAGCAUGUUGGGUUGUUGUGAUUCCCCAAACAUGGGUUAAUUUAACCAUCAAUUAGGUUAUAUUCAUUUUCAUGCUGGGUUGAACAGCUCUUUUUAUAUGUAAUCCAUAGGUUAUUUUCAGGAGACGUGGCUUAUUAGGUGUGUGGGUUUCAGAUAGUUAUUUUUUCGCCACCAGUGAAAAUAAAUGUAAUUCUUGUUCAUAAUCUUAAAUACACAGCUAAUUUCAAUUUUCAUUAAAUAAAAUACACAUUACAUAUUCCAUUGUAUUAUUAAUAACAUCAUUUUGUACGUAUUGUUACAUAGUGGUAAGUAUACCAACACUGGGUUUUGCAUAGGCUUUUAAGGAACUCUUAGACUUUUGUAAGCUUCAUUAAAUCUACUAAAGUGUCAGUGUACAACCUUAACCUUCUGAUAUCAGAACAGAUAAACCGGAAUGAUGUUUACUCUCACGGGUGGCCAAAAAUAACUAUAUGAAACCACGGCGCUACCUACUGUAGUCGCGAUUCCAGUCUUCUGACCUGACCGCUGGGUCUCAAUAACCCAGCAUCAAUAACCCAGCAACAACAACAACUCAACCUUGCUCUUUUUAAAGAAAACAAUCCAACUAAGUGACCCAAUGCCUGCAACCUAGUAGUUGGGUCAACCAAACAACCCAGCAUUUUUUUUGUGUAAAAACACUUUUCCCCCUCCCAUGUAAUGACCCUACCGGUCAAAUAUUAAGAGAGAGGUUGAUUGCACAUAUUAUACAAAUGUCUACCAUUUCCAUGGUGCAAGAUAUCAGGUGUGUAGGAGAACACAACAUCAUUACAUUAUGUUCUAUUCACUCUAAAUGUGACUGCACUAACUUUCUAGAACAUUGAUGUCAGUAUUAUAUUGGAGAUGAAGCACAGUGUUGAUAUUUUUCUGAAUCAAGUUUGUUUUUGACAUGUUUAUCCUCCUUUCCUCUAUGCAUUGUAACAUACAAUACCAGAGAAAAUUAACAAUUUUCCAACAGAAAAAAAUAUAUUUGUUACAAUCACUCGCAUCUAUAGAACCUAGUUUGCCCUCACAACCCCAUGUUAAAAUGAUUGUAACACACUCUAUAGAUAGCGGAAUCGUUCUCAUACAUACUGUAGGUGUGUGUACCAUCAUAGUAUGCUAAGAGCAUAUAGAAUGUUCCUACUGUUUGCACACUUGUGCUAUUGUCGAUGUCCUACUACCUACAGUACUUAACCAGUCAAUGCAAUUUGUAUAAUCAGUGAAUCGCAAUACAAUUAAUCUGUGCAUCGGGUACUUCUGUGGGUGGUUGUUGUAGAAAAAUGUCUCUAUGGCUGAGUGUUAUUAUUGUCUCUUUUUUAACUAUACACUAUUUUUGUUUCAUUUGGACAUCAGUUGUUGUGAUUGGUGUCAUCCUAAACUAUUAUGCCUGUACCUCCAGUCCCAAGAUGACUGCACUGUUGUUCUGAUAAUCCUGAUCGUUUAAAUGACUGAUUCAGUC